AUGCCUCUCCCGAUCAUCUCACACACCUUCAGCAAUGGCCUCUCGUCCAUCCCUUACGCAUAUCCCAUUGCCAAAACGGCAUCAGGGAUUGCCGCCAUUGCGCUGCUCAAACGAUACUUUGGCGGUGCUAUAAACCAGUCCGAGCGUACUAUGCAUUCUAAAGUAAUUAUGAUUACGGGCGGCACUUCAGGCGUGGGAGCAUCGAUUGUUCAUGAACUUGCUUCUCGCGGUGCCCAAAUAAUUAUCCUUACGCAACAUUCGCCCAGUGACCCUUUCGUUGUGGACUAUGUCGAGGACGUCCGCAACAGCACCAACAACUCGCUCGUAUACGCCGAACAAGUUGAUCUUUCCUCCCUUCAUUCCGUCCGGCGCUUCGCUACGAAGUGGAUAGAUAAUACACCCCCACGACGGCUAGAUAUGGUUAUUCUAUGCGGAAAUACCUUAACUCCACCGUCCUCUCCGGAGUUGCAAAAUACGUCCGAUCGACUAAACAGAGAGUGGCAGGUGAACUACCUAGCCAAUUUUCAUUUACUAAGUAUAUUAAGCCCUGCACUGCGCGCUCAGCCGCCAGAUCGGGAUGUAAGAGUCAUAUUUGCGACCUGUUCGAGUUACAUCAGGGCGGAGUUGGACUUUGAAACGCUGGAAGCCAGAACAUCGGAAGCAACGCAGGGUUCAAGCACAUCCAAAGCAAAGUCAAGCGUCAAAGGAACAAUAAGGAGCGGGUGUAAAUCCAGCAGCAGCAUGUAUGCUACAUCUAAACUCGCCCUCUUGAUAUUCGCGCGGUCAUACCAAGCUCAUCUGGCCAACUACGACAACUCCAAUCGGACCAAAAAGCAAGCGGCCCGUCCUACCAAUUCGCGCGUGCUCGUGGUGGACCCGGGAUUUUCGAGAACGCCGGGAACGAGGCGCUGGCUCACCGGCGGAUCUCUCCUAGGGCUAUUAUUCUACCUUCUUACAUGGCCAAUAUGGUGGCUUAUUCUCAAAUCACCCCAACAGGGAGCACAAAGCUUUCUUCUAGCAGCGAUGGAAGCUGGGCUGAGCGCGGUGGGAGAGACGGACGAAGACAGACAAAGGCGAAUAGUGGGUAUUCAAGGAGGCAGGUUGAUAAAGGAAUGUAAGCAGCGGGAAGUUCUGAGAAAAGAGGUGAUGGAUGAUAAAAUUGCCGAGAAGUUAUGGAAGUUUAGUCAAGAGCAGAUUGAAAAAACUGAGAAAGCGAGUGCCCUUCGGAGAGCGAUCGAGAAGGGGGAAAAGCAAGAGGAGGCGAAGAAGAAACAGAAGCCUGAUAGAGGUAAAAAGGAGGGAUGA